GCUUUUUGGCGCGCAAGCCACACUUCGGUAUCGCUGCCGCUAUCAGCUGUGGCUGGUGCUUCGCUGCGCCUGUCAAGGUGAAUGAGUGGAGAUGGUGAGAUUUCCAGCCGUGUUAGAUUUUGAGAUUCGGUUGCUGCGUGCGCCCCAAGACUCAAGACUCACCACCUCGUCUCAAACUCCUUCUCACCCGUCUCCUCGGCGAGGCGCGCAAGCUGCUGCUCUGUAUGGCGCUCUCCGCCUAAUGACACCGGCUCCCCUCCCGUAAAAGCUGCAGCUGCUGGCCCCGUGGAAUGUCUCUCUGAUGCCAUCCGCCAAAGAGGUUAAUCGAGCGCUGGCUCGCAUCCGAGCUGUCAUGCCGGCCGAGAAAAAGGUAGCAUCGGCCAAUCGCAACAUCCGCCUUGGCCUGGAGCGCAUCGGCCAUAUCGUGCCUAAGGAGCAGGGCUGGCUGGGAGUCCAUGUCGGCGGCACCAAUGGCAAGGGUUCUGUCUGCAACUUGAUCUCGGGACUCUUCAGACUGUCCGGCAUCAGCCAUGGCAUGUACACAUCGCCUGCCAUGCCCGAGAGGCACAAUGGCGUCACCAUCAACGGCCUGUACGUCAACCGCCGCAUGUAUGAGAUGGAGGUGAAGCACAUCGAGGACAAGUUCAAGAGAAUUGCGUCUGGCUGGAGGUUUGCCGCUGGCGAGGACCCCGGCAACCUGACGCCCUUUGAACUUGAAACUGCUGCAGCCUUUCGCGUCUUUGAAAAGAUGCAUGUCAACUACGGAGUGGUCGAAGUAGGCAUGGGCGGCGCCACAGAUGCCACCAAUAUCAUGAGACAAAAGUCAGUCACCGUCAUCACCAAAAUCGAUCUGGACCAUCAGGAAUAUCUCGGCAACACCAUUGAGGAAAUCGCCAAAGUCAAGGCCGGCAUCAUGCGGCCCGGCGUGCCAUGCAUUGUUGAUCACACCAAUCCCAGCUCAGUCAUGAAGGUUCUUCGCCAGCACGCAAAUAGUAUAGGUACUCAGAUCAGCCCGUCAUGGAAGGGAGAGCCUCUGUUGGCCAAUCUUGAUACUGAGCGGUUCAAGCUGGAAGACUACGAAAAACAGAAUCUUCUCUGCGCUACGCUGGCCUUCCGACACCUGUUCCCAAAUUAUGAAAUCGACGUCAACAAGCUACUGGCAAUGGAACCGUUUCCCUCUGGGCGAAAGGAGCAAGUUAGAGUGGCUGGCCUUACCGGUGGAAGUCGCGAAAAGCCUAUUAUCGUGGAUGGCGCUCACAACCUGCUUGGCGCCGAAGCACUGGCCUCCUAUGUGCAGCACCAAGUUCGUCAGGGCGAUGAGGCAAUUUCGUGGGUCAUGGGCUUAUCAGCUAGCAAAUCCAAGCCUUUUGCUCAGGUCAUCUCUACCUUGGUACAGCCUCAAGAUAACUUUGCGUUUGUUGAAUAUCUUCCUGGUCCUAAUGAGCCGCCCCCUGCUCCCGCUGAGCUUGGUCGCGAGAUUGGCAAGUCCAUUGUCAACCAUGAAUCUCAGCUGUACGAUGGCGAUUCACGGAUUGCUUCGGGCGUGCAAUGGGCUUGCGAAAAAGCUGGAGAGGGCCCAGUUAUAGUUACAGGAAGCUUAUACAUGAUUAGAAAUUUUUACAACCUCGAUGGCGUUGAGCCAAAGAGAAAGACUAAGACGAGGAGGCCUGGAGCCGCACAGCUUUGGCACUAUAUCCAGCUAUCACAAAAGAGGCCGCUGACCGCUGAGGAGGCUAGAGAGUUUAAACAAGCACGGAGGCACUGGUACCUGUCGCCCACACGAAAUACUGCGUUUAGAGCAGUGAGACACGGCGGCCAGCCCAAAUCUUCCGCUGUUCCCGAGAGAAUACGCGCCCUGCAGCAGCAGGUAGAGUUUCAUAGAAAACAAGCUCAAGGCUAUCGCAGUGCCAUAGAGAGCAUGGAGAAGGACUUGGCACAGGAGCCAACCGCCGCGGCUGCGAACGCUGAAUCCUCGGAUUUACAAGCCAGCCUGGAGACGCUCAAGCGACACCACCAGGAACAUCUCGGCGCCUUCAACAGCGCCAUGUUUAAACUCCGAGGCCAUACUGCUUCACCUGAGAAGAAGUAUAUGAGCUACGAAGAGGUUUUUGGACGACCUGCGAAGCCCAAGGUUCAAAAGUUCCCCUUUCCCGAUGAUGAAGAGGCGAGCACGACGGCUAGUAGACAACACGAAGAUACCACUGCUUCUUCUGAGAGCAGACUUGAAUCCCGAUCAGACCAAAUAGCAAGCGAAGAGGAGAGCAAAUUGGAGGCACGAAGUUCACGAUUUGGAAAAAGAAAGAGUCGUCAUAACGACAAUGAGAAGGAGAAGGCUGCGACUGAGGCGCAUGACCUUGUUGACAAGCUGACGAAGGGCCGUGUCGGCUCUGAAGCUGACGAGCCUUGAUAGAGAGGUAGUGAACUGGGCAAAAUAAAAGGAGGAAAAAUUAAAGUAGGAAUCUGUAUGCGAUCCUAUAUGUAUAUUAUGUGGCUUGUAGCCUCUGUUGUCGUCUGCGUGGCAAGGCGACGUGUAGUAAUAACCCCAAAAUUCAACAUUGAAUAAAACUUUUUGGUGCAGGCAGCGCACAUUAAUGACAACAGAG